AUUGUUGUAAAAUGGCGUCAUAACUGGUUAGACGUAUAGUUUCUCACUCAGUGCAUUUAAAUUUAAGAAUUUAUGUACAAUCAACUUUGCCUGUUAUGAUCUAAAUAUUUAAAACUGUAUCGAUUUUUGAAUCAUGGACACUGGUAAGUUGAUAUUAAAAUGUUAUUUAAUAUGAGUUAUAGUGUUUGGCAACUGCAGAAAAGGUGAUUUUGAGUUUGAGCAAGUCCAAUCUUGCGUUUUGAUUUUUUGUUUUAAUUACAUGAUACAGACAUAAGUAUUAAUAUUUAUUAAUGUUAUAAUUGAGAUCUGAUUAAUUAUAAAACUGAAAAUUAGCAUUUAAAUAUUGAUGAUAACAAUUUUGAAAUAAAGAAAUAAUUAAAAGAAAAGGCAACAUACUGAAAUUGAGUAUUUAUAAUUUAUUGCCUGGGCCGGGCCUGGCUGAUUAAAAUUUAAAAAUCAAGUUUGAAAGUGAUCAAGUCCAUAAGUGAGAGGUUGGGAUUUAAAAAAAAUAUUACAAAUAUUAUUGUUGGGUUGUAAGAUAAAAUUUGGUAUCAAAUGAAUAUGUAAGAUAAUUGAAUGGACUAUAAUAUAGUCUAUAUGAAUAUGAUAAUACUAUAUGAUACUAUAAUAUGUUUUUUCCAGUUUGUAAACUUACUUCAUCAGUUUAAAUAAACUACUCAAAUGACAUACAAAUGGCAUUGAGUCUAAAGGGACCUGGGUCCGAAUAGCGGCUAAAAAUUGCAUUAAAUAAUAUUUUUAAGCGGAAUAAAACUAGAUUUUUCAGCAUUUUCUAUAAAUAUAUUAUAUAACAGGUCUAGCAUAGCUUGAUGGGCUGAUGGGUGUAUGAUGAAAAACAGGAAUAUAUAUUAAACACUGGUUAGAGUGCCAUACAAUUAACAGGUUCUACAUGUAGGAAUUAGUUUUACUUUAAAUAUAUUUAAAUAGAGAGACUUGGACUUGGUUGUAACAAAUGAAUAUUUAAAAUUUAAAUUAUAUUUGUCCAUAAAAAUUUGGAAAAUUUCACAAAUAUGUCUGCCAACAAUGUUCUGCCAAGGUAAAUUAAAGUUACUAGUUUUCUUUAAGAAGAAAUUCUAUAUUCUAAUUUUGUUUUUUCUAUAUUCUAAUUUUAAAAUAGAAUAAAAUCAUAUGAUCUGUGUGCCUUUUUACUUUUAAAUACAAUUUAAAUUAUGGAGUUAUAGGCCUAAUAUAAAAAGAACUAAGAAUAAUUUCAUUAGUUUAGCAUUCACUAGUUUAUAUAUAGAUUAAUUAUUGCAUUCACUAGUUUAUAUAUAGAUUAAUUAUUGUAGCCUUGGUAUAUAACAUUAUAUUAAACAAGGAACAUAGUUAAUUUUCUGCAUAUGAUAUAUGAACAUUUACAAAUGUGCACAAAUUAUGAUUUAUUGAAUUAGUUUACUAAGUUACUAGUACUAGGUUUUUUAAAAGAUAAUUAAAUUAAUUUUUUAAUGAGUACCCUUUUCAGAUAAUAAAGCAGUUAUUGAAAAAUGUAUAAAUACAUUACUUCUAAACUUAAAAUUUAGCUUGACUACAUUUUUUUCAUUAAUUUAUUUUCUUUUACUUGCUGCAGAUUUAAAUAUACAUAUUGACUUAAACAAUUUGGAGGAUGGUAAAUUUGAAAAUAGCAAGUAUGUGCUCACAAGUCCAAGAUCUUUGGAAGCAUGUUCAAAAUUGAAUGUCAAAGUAAGAAUAAAAAAUAUUUGAUCUUUGAAUUUUCUUAAGCAUAUCCAGGUUCUUUGCAGUUUGCAUCAAUGUGGCAGAAUUCCAGCAAAUAUCCAUGUUUGCCCUGCCAUCAUUAAUGCCUGUUAUUAGUUACAAUUUCUAUUAUAGGUUCCAAACGUUUAGACUAUGACUAAAAAAUUUCUCACAGUAAUUUAAUGUAAUCUUUAUCAACAAUAAAAUCUUUAAAAUGAAAUAUUAUUUGUCAAUGACUCUAUUGUCCUAAUCAAAUAAAAAGUAAUGAUCCUCUGAUCCUUAGUUUCAGAUUUGUCUGAAUGGAGAUGAAUUUAAGAAAUGCUUGAUAGUUAAAUAUUUUAAAUUAAUAAUUGUUACAUAGAGACAAAUUUGGUUAUUUAUAAUACUUAUAUAUAUUUAUGUAAACCAUAUACUUUUAUUUACCAUCUAGCCUAUUGAGCUACUUUACAAGCCUCUUGCAGAGUUUCAAGAAGAACUUUUACCACAGGACAUACCCCUACAGACAAUCUAUAAUUUGUAUGAUGAGAGAGAGCACAUUAGACUAAGUGGGUAAAUUAGAAUGUAACAUUUAAGCAUAUUUUUUUCUAAUUAUAAAAAGUUAUAAGUAAUUUAUAAUGCCAACAAAAUUAAAAAUUGUUAUAAUUUUUUAUGCUUUAAUAUGUGGUUUUUAAGAUCUCUUUUUAAAAUAUUGUUUAAUUUUGUUUGCAUUUUCUCUAACAGAAUUAUUAUAUUUUCAGAUCCUAUAACACAAUUUAUCACGUAAAUGUAAAAAUAUUAUUUAUUUUACUUUAGGAUGAUUUAGAGAGAUAUUCUGUUCACCUGGAAGAAUAAAACUGAUAUUUCAUUAAUUAAUAUUUUUCUUGCUCAAGAAAAAUUACAACUAUGCAGAGAAGAAAGAGGUCGAAUAAUAAAAGAGGAAAACCAGAAAAAAUCCAAGUACUUUUCCAAAGCUUUGAAGUCGACUCAUCCCUUGGAUGGUGAGAUACUUAAAUAUGAUCAUAACUUAGAGAUGAAAGAUGAAAAUUCACCUAUAAUAUUCUUUUCAAAAAAAUCUCAAAUGAUAUGAAAUUGAGUGAAAACCUUGUUUUGGAAAAUCACAUGCAUAUAAUCCCAACACCCCUCUUCAAAUCAUCUCUUUAUCCUUGUUUGUUGGACCCAUUAUGCUCAAAGGCGGUUGGGGGAGCGGGUUUAUAACCUACUUUUGUUAUUACUGUUGUGCAUCAUGUCGCUGUAAACAAUUCUUAAGUAAACUAUUUGUGCCUUAAUGGUAAAUAAUAUAAAAGAAAAUCCAUUUUUUUUUUACCAUUUACAACAGAUUUCUUAUCAAGGUAUGCUGCUAGCACGCCAGAUAGGAAAAGUACUUCAACUUAUGCAAGAAAGGAAAAAAAAAGGUUGCUUAAAAAACUAAUUAACUGAUAAAUUAACUAAAAUUUAUUGGUAGAAAUUUAUUUCUGAACCAGAAAUUUAAAAAAAAAAAUUUUCCGCUUCUUCUUAUAUGUCAAACAGCAACAUUAUUUUUCAUAAAAUAAAAUUUCUUCUCUUUGUUAAGAGCAAUUUCAUUUUUAAAAUCUAGUUCUUUUGAUAAAGAGAGUACCAAGUUGCACAGGGAGCUUGUAUCCAAGAAAGACAAGAGUCCACAGACAUCUCAUGUAUCUAUUAGGUGAUACAAUAUCUAAUCAUAUUUUAAGUUAUCUAAAAAGUAACAAUUUGGUUAUAUCUUUUUGUAAAUUACAAAGGGUCGUUUAAUUCAAUAUUAAUUUAAAUGGACAUACAUUUAAUGGAAAAGUAUUUUUAAGGCUUUGACCUGUUUAGCCUGUAACAUUAAAUUUGAUGUGGGAUUUUACUGCCUCUCUCACAGUCUUCUUUUUUUUUAACUAGCUCAAAUAAUUUUUAUUUUUAGAGCACGUCCCCACUCAUCUGAUAAAAGGAAAAGCCAACGCUGUAGCCCAUCUGUAACUCUAGGUGUUAAAGUUAGAUACAGGAGUGGGUCUGCACCCAGUGGGGUUCACCUUCCUGCAAGGGUCAUUAUUUAUGUUUUCUUCUAUUCUAAGUAAUUGUAAAAGAUUACUGUUGUAGAUUCAUAUAUAGCAUUUGAAUAUUUUUAGUGGAAAUUUUUGCUACUGUAAAAAAAAAACUGACAAAAGGUACCAUAAGUUAAUAUAAAACUACACACCAAGGAAAGCAAUAUCUUAAUAUUUGAUUGCACAGGACGAGAAAAUUUUGAAACUUAUGAAAGAUCGCAGAGAAAGUGAACAGAAAAGUUUGUCAGUUAUAAAUGAUGCUCAUCGCUUAUGGGAGGACCAGAAAAAAAGGGAAGAUAUCUUGAGGAUAAUGGCUGAAAACAAGAGACGCCAACUUUUGGCAGAGGAAACAAGAAUUAAGGAAACCCGCAAAGUAUGGUGAAAGCUUUAAAAAAAUGUUAAAAAUAUUUUUAAUCCAUAUUUUAGCUUUCUUUUGCUUCAUAAUAAUAAUUUUUUUAUAACUUCUUAAAUUAAUAAAUAUAAUAAAGGAAUAUUCCAUGCAGCUUGAAAUGUUUAAUUAAAUAAUUUCUAAUCAUCGUUCUUUAACUAAGGUUGCUUGUACACAACCAAGUGCAGUGUCAUUUAUUAAAUGAGAAUCAAUUUGUUGUUUCAGACAAGAGAUGACGAAAGGAGAGAGAAAGAGGAGGAAGAGGAGAGACAAAUGAGGGCACUGUUAUCACAUGAGACACAGUCAUACAGAGAACUGGUUUUAAUGAAUCAGCUGAGGUUGAAGGUCAGGAUGACCUUUUUUCUCUUAGUGUAAUUUAGAAGGUUGAGCAUUGGAUAAGUUUACAUUGGCUUAGUUUAUGGUAAAUUAGUCCUGGUAUAGUGAUUGUCCAUAUGGUGUUGGUGAUAGUUUGGUAAUGAAGAGAGCCCGAAUCACACAGAGUUACCUAAUAUAACCUAGUUUAGUAAAAUUUUAGAACAUUAUUCAAAUAUUUUUUUAAAAUCUUGUUUUUCUUCUUCUCAAUAAUGUAAAAUUAAAAUGUACAACAAUAAGUUUCUAUAGUUGAGUUAUUGGGCAAUAUAAUAUUCAAUUUAAUAUCAGUAAUAUUUUACUAUUGAUUAGAAUAAAUUUUUUAGCCUUUAACCGUUGCUGAUUUCAAGUAUCAUUCCAUGAGUUUUGCGACACUUUCUUAUUUCAUCCUGCAGAAGAGAUCAACAAUUGGAGGCAGAACUAGUUUAUAACAAAUUUAUGAUCUAUAACAAGUAUAAAAUAACUAAUUGCUAGUAAAAAGUAUUUGCAUUACAUAAUUAUCAGAUCUUGAUUGUUGCCUUAACAGAAAUUCUAACAAAUUUCAGGAGAUGGAAUUAGCAGAUAAAAUCAGAAAGCAGAAUUUACUUAAAGAAGUUAAGGUAACAUUCCACACUUACAAUGACUAUAUUUCUAAGUCAUCCUUUUUGAUCUUUUAAAUUCACAUUUUUUAUGCAUUCAAUUUAUCUUACAAUACCAGUUGCGAAAGUUGAUAAUCAUUUUGUUUGAUUUAUUACUUAGGGCUAUUUUAAAAAAAAAAACCAUUGUAUUAUAAUUUGAAGGAGAGAAUGUUAUUUUUGCAGAUUGCUUAUGCUUUUUAAAAUUGUGUUUAUUUGUAAAGUUUUAUGUUUACUUAUUUUUCAAAAUUAUUGUAGGCUGGUGCUUUUAAUGGGGCUGAAGUGAUUUGAUUCUUAGCUCAUUUAAACAUAAUCCACUGUAUUUAACUUUAAUUUAAAAACUAAAAUUUUACAAUUUCUAUUAGCAAAAUAAUUUAAAGGAAAAAAGAUGUUGACAUGACAGUUUUAAAUUUAAGGCCCAAAAUCGCAAAGCUGAAGAGGGUGAUGAUGAAGAAAUGGCUGAGUUGUUGUUAGCAAAACAGUUAUCUGACAUUGGAUCAGCUUCGGAAAAAAAAGAUGUUAGAAUACACCAGGAAAGUUUGGUGAGUUGAGUAACGUUGUGUAUUCUGAAUAAACAGAAGGUAACUUUUUUAAAAAUGGGACUGUUUAAAAUUAACUUUUAAAAUGUGUUUUUUUAUAGGAUGUGGGGGGGGGGGGGGGGGGGGGGGAGAGGAGUUGAUUAAAUAACUUUAAAAGAUCACCUUAAAAAAUAUAAUCUUCAAUUACACUGUUAUAUAUAUAUAUAUUAAACAUCUACAGUUCUUCUGAAAUAAAUUAAAUAGAAAUACUUUAUAAAUAUAUUUCUUAUUCAUUCAAAAAACAUUUUUUGUUAAACGAUUGAUUAUUUUCAUUACUAUUUAACUAGAAAAAGUUUUUAGAUAAUAGGAAAGAAAGGGAACAGUUUGAACAAAGAAAGAGGCAACUCAAAAAUCAAGAAAAGUAAGUUUGGCAUUUUGGCUUAUGAAUGAGUUUUAUUGAAAGUUUGUGCUACACUGUUGGUUUUGUACUAUUUCUAACAUAUACUUGUCCCUUGCUUAUAAUUCUUAGGUCUUCUGUUAUUAUGUCAGUUCUGAAAGUCAGCUUUCAAUUGCCUGUUUUAUAUCAAUGAGUUUAUUAGGCUACUAAAAAAAAAGGUAAUUGUAACAUAUAAUUUAUUUGAUUUACCAUAUUAAUUGAAACUGUUUUUGCAUCUAGAAGCACAUUAUGUCGCAGAGUUCAAAGGUAACAAUUGUUGACAUGUCCUUGAUGCACAUGAACAAGCCAUAAAAAUCCUCUUUAAUGCUCAGUGAACUUAAAAAGUAAAUGUCUGAUUUUGUUAGACAAAAUGAAGAACUGGUGAAAUCAUCCAUGGAAGUGAGGCUGAGCCAGGCAGAGGCUAAUCUGAGUCAAGUUCUGGAACAGAGAAAUAGACAGUUAGAGGAACAUCAGUAGGUUUCAUACCAUUAAUAAAUUGAAUGCUGACUUGCCAUAGGUUACAGCAUAAUGUGAGAAAUAUAGGGUAAAGACUUGUAUUUAAAUAGGGUAUCGCAUUCUACGUGUGUAUAAGAAAUUUUUAUUUAAACGUACAAAAUUUUAUUAUACCAAUGUUUAUGCAACCAAAUAGACCUACUUGCAUUCAGCAAAAGGGUGCGCUUCCUAUCUGCGCAUAACAGUGAUGUAAGUAGCGCCCCUUUGAAGGGAUGUUACUUAGCUUAGUUGGAUAUGGUAUGAAGACAGAUCAUUUUAAAUAUUUUAAUUAUUUAAAGGAUUUUGACGUUUUUAUUUAAAAUAAAUAUUUAUUUAUUUUAUUCUUAGUUUAUUAUUAAUGUUAUAGAACAAGAUUAACCGAUUGCAUUAUACAUGGACAUGUCAUUUUAGGAUUUAAACAGAAAGUUAGGGAUACACAUCAUACGUACUAUUAAUUUAAAAAAAAAUAUUUGGACACUUAUUUAUAAUUUAUUAAUUUUUGAGUUUUUAAACAUUAUUAAAUUAAAUUGCCAUUAAAUAAAAUACUAUUUCAAAUGUCUGUUUUGAUUAGCAUUAAUUUAAAAGUAAGCAGGCCAGUAUAUGGUGUGAUAAACAUCCAUGCUCCGAGCCAACUGUCUCUAUUUUAAUAUUUAAUUUUUAUAUUGUAGCUACGCUGAUGUUAAAAACAGAAAUUGCAUUUUUCAAAUUAACAUUACAAUUAAAUAAACACUAGUUUAUCCAUGUAAACAUUAGUUUGUUAUUUUUAAUAUUUUUGACAGCCGUCAAGAGCAGGCGAAGCUGCAAAGAGCAAGAAGCUCUCAUAAAAAAUUGGAAGCUGAAACAAAAGCAUGGGGUUUAAGCUUACUGGAUCAGAAAAAACUGGUAAACUCAAAACUAAGUUUUUUCUACACACUGUUGUUAUAAGAACUCAAAUUUAUUGCCAUGAAAAAAAUAUCCAUAAUAGCUGUUUGUGAAGUUAAAAAAUCUAUUUAAUGUGAGAUUAUGUUUCUUUUGUACAGCUCUGACGUUUUAUUUUAUCUUUACUCUUGUUCCAAAUGAAUGUAGAUGGAAACUCGUGCACAGAAAGCUGUCACUCGUAGCAUCGAGCUCAAGUCACUGCUGGCCAGAAAACAGAGGAUUGAGAAAGAGUUGGAGCAUCACAAAAAUUUAACCAAGUCAGUAUAUUUUCCUGCUUAAAAAUUGACAGAAUUCUAUUUUAAUUAUAAGCAAACCAUAAUCAUAAGUGCUCCGCAGUUAAAGCAUCACUAGGUUUUUACAUUUUAUGAUUUUAUCACCUAUUAUUACAAUGUUCUUAGAAUACAAAAAGAAGAGAAAAGGAGGCUAAGGGAUUUAGAAAGAUCUCUACUAGAGAAGGAGAGAAAAGUUGAUGACCUUCUUGAGGAGAAAGAAAGAACAGUGUCAGAGGUCAGUCUUGAAAAGUUAAUUCUCAGGCAGAUAUUAACCUUACAUUUGCUUAUUGAUAUUUUUAAAUUAAGUUAUAAUUUAAAGUGGAAUACUUGAUUAAUAAAAUUAUUUUUUAUUUUUUCCAAAUUUAUAAAAAUGUUUUUAUUUAGAAUGUUUUUGAAAAACCUUUUUAAUAAAAUUAUAUUAAUCAUGUUAUAUGCAACAUUCUAUAAUGGUCAUUGAGAUACAUCUUAAGUUUUUAAGCCCUGUGUCACUAGUGUUAUAGAGAGCUUGUUUACAUAAUAUUUCUCGUGUGUGCCCUCUGAUUGACCCCGCAUGAGACGCUGUGUUCACAAAGGGGUGUGGCUUAGGUCUUUGAAGUGGCUUGUUUACAAUCGGCUUCCAAUUACGCAUUGGGUAGAUUGUUUUCGGGUAAUUUCUGGAAUAUACUCCUUAACCCGAGAUAUGUAAACAACACGUCAUAAGCCCUUCUCGAAGCAUCUUACUCUACAUAUAUAUAAGGGAUUGACAGGCACGACGACGGGGAUUUUUGAGAUAGAUUCUCUUAACAAUUACGAGGCGUGUUUUAUUCUUUGUGUAUUUGUGUGCUCCUACUUAUAUGUGUUUAUUUCGCAUUAUUUAUUGGCAUCAUUAUUUCUAAUUGUAUUAACUGUGUACCGGAAUUACGAGGCGUGUUUUAUUCUUUGUGUAUUUGUGUGCUCCUACUUAUAUGUGUUUAUUUCGCAUUAUUUAUUGGCAUCAUUAUUUCUAAUUGUAUUAACUGUGUACCGGUACGACAUCUGCCAUACUGUAAGUUGAAGAUUGUAAUUUUAUUUUAUUUUAUUUUGUAAUUAUCUUAAGACAUAAUAAAUCUUAAUUAAUUGUAACUAGAAACUGUUUUGGGUCGUAUCUUUAAUAUUGUUGAUUAUAUGGUAUCGUCUUUUGUUAGGCACUGUUUACAACGAGCCAAUUAAAAUUAAAAUAGGAGAUUAAUUUCUCCCAAUACAAGUCAGUGCGUAACACAAGGCUAAUGCACAAAGUUCUAAAAGAAAAGGAGUAACACGUGACUUAACUCUUUUGAUGCGGAACAACGCACACUGCGUUCAUCCGCUGUUCUCAAAAGCACGGAUCAACGCACUGAGCGUUGUUUUAAUAUCAUGUUUUUUUCUUUGCUAUUUCUUGGUUAAACUUUUUAAGAGCUAUUUUUAAAUAAAACUUUUACAUAGAAGAGUGGUACUUCAUUGUUUGUACGCGAAACCAAGGUUUAUUUGUUGUCAUUUGAAGCAUUAUUUCUUCGCUUGUUUUUCUACUGUUGCUAUGGCUACUCUAGGCCCGGGUAGGGGAGUAAGUUUCCUAGAUGAUUAACAGCUCAAAAAGUUUUGGAAUUGUUAAAUACUAUUUCUUUUGAUAGUGAAUAUAAAUAAUAUUUAGAUCCAUGGCAUGAUUCUGAUAAUAGUAGUUUUAGAGAUUUGAGUUAUAGAUGUGAAGGUGAGGUAUGCAUACAUCAUAGGGUUUGGGGGAAAAAUGGUUUAGCAUAAAAUGUUUUCACAUUUUAUGGUUCUUUUCUGUAACUUAUUUUAUUUAUAAAGUGAAGAAAUAAGUUUACAAACAUAUAGUCCUUUCAAUUAUCUUUCAUUUGAUACCAAGUUUAGUCUUAUAAACCAAAGAAUAAUAUUUUAAAUAUUUUUUUAAUAAACCAACCUCUCACUCUUUUUCACUCUGAAAAAAAUGUAAAUUUUUUCGAUAAAAAAAUUCCGCAGCGAUAGAGUUACAAUUUUUAAUGUGUGGCCUAUUUAUGUAUUUUCAGACUCGGGCAUUAGCUCAGUUGAGCCAAACUUUGCGAGAUGACAUCAAAGAGAAAUAUCAGUCAGACACUUUUGACAAGAAGGUCUUGGAAGCUCAGCUGUAUGCCAACUUGGAGAGUAGGAUCAGAUCAAGAAGUCCUGGGAUCAGAAAGAAAUAGAUUUAAGAACUGCCUAGAAAAAUGUUCUGCCUUCUUGUUAUUACAAUUAUUACACUGUGAUAACGUAAAUAUUUAUCUGACACUAUGGUGUAUAACAGAAUCUGAAUAUGAUUCCCAAUGGUUCAUUCAAGUGAAGUGAAUAAUUAUAUUUACCGUUAGAAAAUUUAAUUAUGAACAAUAAUUUGAACUUCAUUGUCGGUGUAUGCUGGUUGCAUGAGUUGAGAACAGAUUAGAUGAAAGCUGACAUGUUUAUAUCUCAAUGAGAAUCUUUUCCUUUGUCUUUGUAUAAUUUCUUAUCAGGCUGGUCUAUAUCUGCAGUCACAUCGGGGGUUGGGUGGUGUGUUAGACAUUUAAAGAGACAAAAUUGACUUAGUGAAUACUGUGUUUUCUAACCUACUUGGUCAUGUAUUAUGUUCAAUUUUACAGCUUGAAUUGGAAUAUUAAUGGUCUGUAGGAAUGGAAAUGGUCUGUAGGAAUGGAAAUGGUCUUUAGGAAUGGAAAUGGUCUGUGAAAUGACAAAACAAAUGCAUUCUCUUUAUCACAAUUUGAAGUGAGCUCUGGACUAUAUUGGUUAUCUCCCCUAGACUGUAUUGGUUAUCUGCUCUAGACUGUAUUGGUUAUCUGCUCUAGACUGUAUUGGUUAUCUGCUCUAGACUGUAUUGGUUAUUUGCCCUAGACUGUAUUGGUUAUCUGCCCUAGACUGUAUUGAUUAUCUGCCCUAGACUGUAGUGGUUAUCUGCUCUAGACUGUAUUGGUUAUCUGCCCUAAACUGUAUUGGUUAUCUGCCCUAGACUGUAAUACUUAUCUGCCCUAGACUGUAUUGGUUAUCUGCUCUAGACUGUAUUGGUUAUCUGCUCUAGACUGUAUUGGUUAUCUGCUCUAGACUGUAUUGGUUAUUUGCCCAAGACUGUAUUUGUUAUCUGCCCUAGACUGUAAUGCUUAUCUGCCCUAGACUGUAUUGAUUAUCUGCCCUAGACUGUAUUGGUUAUCUGCUCUAGACUGUAUUGGUUAUCUGCCCAAGACUGUAUUUUUUAUCUGCCCUAGACUGUAAUACUUAUCUGCCCUAGACUGUAUUGAUUAUCUGCCCUAGACUGUAGUGGUUAUCUGCUCUAGACUGUAUUGGUUAUCUGCCCUAAACUGUAUUGGUUAUCUGCCCUAGACUGUAAUGCUUAUCUGCCCUAGACUGUAUUGAUUAUCUGCCCUAGACUGUAGUGGUUAUCUGCUCUAGACUGUAUUGGUUAUCUCCCCUAAACUGUAUUGGUUAUCUGACCUAGACUUUAUUGGAUAUCCACACUAUAUUCACAUGUAUCUGUCUGUAUUCUUACAUGUAAUUUCAGAUCAGUCUUAGGACAGUAAGUUAUAUUAUGAAGCUGUACAGACAUUUGCUUUCUGUACUAAGCAGCUACUUUGACAACCACAGUACUGAUGUAAAAUUAGAUUCAUUUAUAAACAAAAGGCAUGCUGUAAACAUUCUAAAUGUUAGAAAUGUAAAUGUUUUAUAUAAAUGAGUCUUGUAAAUUUGCUAGUACAAUCAUUCAGAUGCUUCUCUAUGACAAAGUUAUCAUUUAAAAGUGACAUCCUCAAAUUUCUUUGUUAAUGCCAAAAUGAAUGAUAUGAUUUCAUUAUUUUUGAGAAUGUGAAGUUGUAAAGCAAACGAGAGAGUGCAUGAAUAAUUUAGUGUAGGCGCACUGCAUCAUUUUUAAUUUUAUUCAUAUUAAUAUAUUCUUU